GUGAUAUAAUACUCUGACCGUAGCCUUGUUAGCUCUAAAAUGACCACACUCAUAGGCUGCUGCAACAUCUUCAUUCCAAACCAUUUGUUACUCUCUAAUAAUUCUCAAAGCCCACGGCUACUCAAACCCACCUCAGAUCAGUGCCGCCGACCAACACCAGUUUUCGCCGCCAAAUCUGGAGGAUUUUCGCUCAACUCGAUACUGAAGGGAUGUGAUACAUGUAGUGGCAAGGGUGCCAUAGAGUGUCCUGGAUGCAAGGGAACGGGGAAAAAUAAGAAGAAUGGGAACAUAUUCGAGCGUUGGAAAUGCUUCGAUUGCCAAGGAUUCGGAUUGAAGAGCUGCCCCAACUGUGGCAAAGGAGGGCUAACACCAGAACAAAGAGGAGAACGAUGAGAUAUAUUGUUAAACCAAAUCAUUAAUCUAUAAAUUUUGUAACUAAUUCUGAAUAAGUUGUAUUUCUUUUCAUCUCUGCUGUGUAUGGGACACAUACACUAUGGUCCCUUUUAUCUCUUUGCUAUAUAGAUAGCUCUAUAUACAGACUCUUUACUUUUUCCAGGACUACAA